AUUGCGGAACUUAAAAUUUCAAAGGACAUACCGGGAAUCAAAAAAAUGAAGGUAGAAAAGCAAAUGGCUAAUCGUAUGGACUCUGAACACUAUUCCGAAAUAACUAAACAAUUCACGGCAAAUAAUUAUGUGGAUCAAAUCUAUAUGCAGAUACCUGACAAGGAUCCAUCUGGUAAUGUUAUACCAGAUUGGAAGAGACAAAUGUUAGCAAAAAAAGCAGCUGAACGUGCCAAAAAAGAUUUCGAGGAUCGCAUGGCUAAGGAAGCGGAAAGUCGUCGUCUCUCACAAAUACCACAAUGGAAACGUGAUUUAUUGGCGCGACGCGAAGAAACUGAAAAUAAAUUAAAAGCCACUAUUUAUACACCUAAAGUAGAGGAGAAUAAUCGUAUAGCUGAAACUUGGCGUUUGAAAAAUCGUGCUAUGUCCAUUGAUAACAUCAGCAUGGUAUCCUGUACAACAGACAUUAUAGCCUAUCAGAGCAACAAUAAGGAAAAUAAUUGUGGUAUUGAAAUGAAUGGUACCAAUGAAAAGCCCAUAGAAGAUGAUAUGCAUAAACUUACCGAAAAAUCUCAAGAUGAUGACGAUGCAAAUGAUAAUAUAAUACCUUGGCGAGCACAGUUAAGAAAAACUAAUAGCAGACUGAGUUUAGUUUAGAGAGUAUUUUGAUCAUCCACAUGGGCCUCUUAUGAAAUAUGCGAAUAUUUAGUAUUAUUUAAAAAAAUAUAUUGAAGUGCAAUGAAUUAAA